AUGUUUGGUUCUGGAACUCAAUCUUCAGGGUUCAGUUUCGGCAACUCUGGUCGGCCAAAUAUCUUUGGGAAUUCCCAAAGCAACGGACAGACCACAAAUAAUGCAUUGUCUGGCGCUCAAUCGACCGUCCAGCAGCCGCAACAGUCGACCAACCCGUACGGCAUAAAUAUCGCUUCUGCGUCUUUGCAGGUUUCAGAGAUGCCCCAGGCGUUGACUCCGAGCCGUAAAGAUGAGGAUGUCCAGCUGAAACGCAAAAGAUCGACCUCGUCGAUGGUUUCACACGAAAAUACCGGCUCAUCUCUAUCUUUUCUCAAUAGACUGACAAAACCGUUCUCUGGGUCUCAGAAAUACCCAAUCGAGUCAAGCAGUGGAAUUUUCACGUCAGAGAAGCCUCACGAGAUCAAAAGAACGAAGGUCGACCCGGCAGGACUCGCAGAAACCAACGGAUCUGUGCCAAAGUCCGAGUACAGGAAACUCACAAUUCGAAACCCAAGAGGAACGUUUAAGAAUUUCUACGAAAUCAACCCGGACGAAGUGAUUCUUGGCAAACAGCAUAAGGGAUCAAACGGGUUUAUGCACGUUGUUUCCAGUUUUAAACCCAGUUUCCUCCAAAAAGAUACGAAAACAGCAAGGCCAAUCACCCAGUCGGAGUCAGAACAGACUUCUAAACCGUCUAAUCCUGAAGGAUAUUGGAGCACACCCACGAUUUCAGAACUGGCCAACAUGUCGGCCACCGAAUUAACGCACGUGGAAAACUUCACCGUUGGUUGCAAAGGUUUAGGGCAGAUCUCGUUUGCGUAUGCCGUCGAUCUCUCUGCAUUCCAUGACAAACUUGAACAAUUGCUUGGAGUAUAUAUUGUUUUCAGACCGAGAAUAGUCCAGGUUUACCCCGAUGGAGUGGACAAACCGUCUCCCGGAAACGGAAUGAACGUUCCUGCUGUCGUGAGUGUCGAGAACUGUUUCCCGUACGACAAAGCCACCAAAUCACGCAUCACCGAUCCUUCAGCUCCAGAAGUUCCUGCACAUAUUAGUCGACUGAAGGCCAACUUGGGAAUGCAAUUCAUCAGUUAUUAUCCACUCACUGGAACCUACACAUUUAGAGUUGAACAUUUCAGUAUUUGGGGAUUGGUUGACGAAGACGAAGACGAUCCCGAACUUGUUCAACGGUUCAAGGAGCAGAUGAAGCGCGAAAGCGAGCUACAGAGCAAUAAAACGCUCGAACAACAGAACGCUCUGGACCGCAUAUCGAUUUACACAGGCGACCAAUCUUCUGUUCCUGGAGGCUGGGGAACUCCCGACGAGGACGAAAGCAUGGAAGAUAGCGUCGAUGUUGAGAAGGAGGAGUUUAUUGAAAUUGAGAAGCCAGAAAGCGAGCAGGAGUCAAUUGGAAUUGAAGACGAGGUUCUGCCCCAGGAAGAGGCGUUUGACGAGCUUGUUCAGGUGCGGGCGUAUGAGCCCGAACUCGAGGAUAUCGACAUGAUGGUGUUGAAGAAAGACAGCAAUUUCGAGACUAGCGAGUCCUGGGAUCAGCAGCUCAGCAUCGCCAACGGGUUCAAAUCGGUGUUCAGCAACGACUACGAAUACUCAAAGAACAUGGACCUCUCAGCAAAGAGUGUGAACCAGCUGUUUUUUGACAACCACCCUACUAAGCGCAAGAGGGUGGAGCACCAACCGGCUCCAAACGACAGUUUAAAGCUUCUGAGAAGUAUUUUGGCCAACGAGAUCCGUUCCAUGAAGGUUGUUUUGAGAAGCAACUCGUAUCCAUUAAUCAAGCCAGACGAUAAUGUUGCUUUACGCUCUAUUCUUUCUGUCUACAAAGGAACGAACGAGUAUAAAGUUUGGGAUCUGAUUUCGAGGAUUUUUGACGACGGCUUUUGCGAAUCUUUCCAUGGCCAAGCUGAAAGAGACGCCUGUUUGGGCAAACCGAAGCUGAGAGAGGUGUUCAUCGAUUUGCAGCGUCGUGAGCUGCUGAUCGACUGGCUCCAACAGUACAACUUUGCCGAGAUUUCGAAGCUAAUUUCCGAGUCCACCGAUUCUUUGGAAACGAUCUUCUUGCAAGUUUGUUCUGGCGAUCUGGGGAAAGCGGUCAAGACGGCAAUGGACACGUCGAACGGUCAUUUGUCUGUUUUGUUGACCUUGAUCGAUUCUAACGAUCCGUCGGUGAGGAAAUUCUCGAAAUCGCAGCUGGUUGAAUGGGAGAAAACGUCAAUGUUGCAGUACAUUCCUAUUCCAAUUUUGAAGAUCUAUAAGCUUCUUGCCGGAGAGAUUUUUACCAACACUUAUGUUCGUCAUCUGGACGGCCUGUCAUGGUCUACUGUGCUUCUGUUGCAACUCAAGUAUGGAGACACGAACCGGACAAUCAGCGAGCUAGUGGCCGAGGUGUUCAAGAACGAGUCCAAGCUGACAGUUCAUCCAGACACAAAGGACAAAUACUACUCUACAUUCAAACUGCUGACGUCUCCUUUGUCUGUGAUUGACAACUACUCGCACGAGACGCAAUUUUUGCUUUUCAAGAAACUCAACAGCGUUCUGCAACUUCCGGGAAUUGACGGGGUGAUUUUGGAGCUCAGCAAGAAGAUGAACGCCCAGAAGUACGACGAGGAGUCGUUGUUCCUUCUGGAACAUCUUUCUGACGACAAGGUCUGCGAGACAGAGAUUUCUGCGCUCAUCAAGCAGAACAUCGAUUCGUUCCGGUUCUUGGAUAACGAUCUCCGGCUCGACACAUUGCAUGAGACGUACCGGUUGCCGAAGUCUGUUCUGCACAAGGCCAGAUCGACCAAGUACGAGAAAGAGGGCGAGUCGUUGAAGGCUGUCUGGUCGCUUGUUGACGCUGGUGCCAUUGAGGAAGCACACAAACUAACAUUGACAGACGUUGCUCCGGACUAUGUGAUUGCCAAUACGAACUUUGACGAACUCGAGCAGCUGUUGGAGAAGUUCCAAGGCUUGUCUGAUUGGAUCGUUGGAGGAGAACUGUAUUACAACUACAUCCAAUUGAAACAGAAAACAGACGACUCAGAGCUCAAGAACUAUGUGAAGAAGCUGUUGAACGGACUGGUGCUGCUUCGAGAGCCAAAUGCGAAAACCAAGAUCGCCAAAGUGCUCAUGUACAGAGAAGUGAUCCGGUUGAUUUUCGACCUGUCGCUGGAAUAUAACAAAGACCAAUUGUUGGGAUUGGACCUGCCAUCGAGCGAGAUGAACUACCUGAAGAGUCGACUCCCCACUAUAUAA